UUGGUGGGUGGUGGCGGCGGGUCACGUGGGCGCCGGACAGAGAGUGGAGUUCCCCAGCCUCUGGCACCGGCCUUGGAGGGGCAGAGCGAGGCGGGCUUGGCCGAACCUGUCGGGGGAUGCUGGUCGGUCUACACUUGCACCGUCGCAGUCAUGAAGCUGCUGGUGACCGUGCUGGCCCUGGUGGUCCAAGUGUUCUCUCUGGAAAAUGGACUGAUGCGGACACCGCCCAUGGGCUGGCUGGCCUGGGAACGGUACCGCUGUAACAUCGACUGUAAGGAGGACCCUGACAAUUGCAUCAGCGAGCGCCUGUUCAUGGAUGUGGCGGACCGACUGGCGGAGGAUGGCUGGAGGGACCUGGGCUACAACUACAUCAACAUCGAUGACUGCUGGAUGACACCAGAGCGGGACGAGAACGGGCUGCUGGUGGCUGACCCUGAGAGAUUCCCCCACGGCAUCAAGUACCUGGCCGACUAUGUUCACUCCCGGGGCCUGAAGCUGGGCAUCUAUGGAGACAUGGGUAACAGGACCUGCAUGGGUUACCCUGGCACCACGCUGGACAAGGUGGUCCUGGAUGCCCAGACCUUUGCCAGCUGGGAUGUGGACAUGCUGAAGCUGGACAGCUGUUACUCGAACCCCGAGGACCGUGCUCAGGGAUACCCUAGUAUGUCAAAAGCCCUGAAUGCCACAGGCCGCCCCAUCGCCUACUCCUGCAGCUGGCCAGCCUACGACGGGGGUCUCCCUCCUGAGGUGAACUACACCCUCCUGAUGGACAUCUGCAACCUCUGGCGUAAUUACGAUGACAUCCAAGACUCGUGGCAAAGCGUCCUCACCAUCGUGGACUGGUUCACGAAGCACCAGGAAGUGUUGCAGCCCGUGGCGGGCCCCGGCCACUGGAACGACCCAGACAUGCUGCUCAUCGGGAACUACGGGCUGAGCUUCGAGCAGGCCAAGUCGCAGAUGGCCCUCUGGACGAUCUUCGCGGCCCCCCUCUUCAUGUCCACGGACCUUCGCACCAUCUCAGCCCAGAACGCCGACAUUCUGCAGAACAAACUCAUGAUUGAGAUCAACCAGGAUCCCUUGGGUAUCCAAGGACGCAAAAUCCUCAGGACCGAGGACGCCAUCGAGGUGUAUGUGCGCCCGCUGUCCAGGAAGGCCAGCGCCAUCGUCUUCUUCAGCCGCAGGACGGACAUGCCCUACCGCUAUCACACCACGCUCAGGUCCCUCAACUUCACAGACUCGCCGUUGUAUGAGGCCCAGGACGUCUACACAGAAAACGUCGUCAGCGGCCUCACGGUAGACACCAAGUUCACCGUGGUUAUCAACCCAUCAGGCGUCGUCAUGUGGUACCUGUACCCCAUCUCAGGCUUGGAGAACCCCCUGGCCAGUAAGAAGUUCCUCAGGUUGUGAAACCUCAUUGGAUUCCAACUUUCAGCCUCAACUGCCAGGACUCAGGGAAGGGGCCAGUGGGGGUGUGGGUGGGGUCUGUGCUUUCAGCUUGCCUCUGCUGGGCAUCAUCAGGGCUUGGCCCGUCUCCUACCAGCUGGAGCCAGAAUGCCUCAGGAUUCUUGGCGUGCCUAGGAGUGUCCACACUGGCCCUCCCUCCUCUGCUCCCGGCCUGACUCCCUGGACUUGGGGCACCCCCAAGGGCCCAGGCCCAGGCCUAGGCCCCACCUUGCCUACUAAGCUGGGCUGGGCGAUCUUUGGGUCUGAAAGUUGGUCCUUGGGCUUUCAGCAGGAGCUCUGGUGAUUCUGAAGAUUAUCUGCCUCCCUUCUGGGCAGAGAGGGAGGAGUGGAGGGGAGCAAGGGGGACAGAAGGAAAGUUCUCCCAGCUCUGCCCCUGACCGCCCCCUAGACCCUAAUAAAGCUACUCUUUAACGGUAA